UCAUUCUCCCUCUCUGCCCCCUAAAUUCUUUCCAACAUCCCAUUUCCUAAUUCCCUUCUGCCAAAAUCUUCUUCACUCGAAAAUGACUUAGCUCCAUAACUCCUCAGUCCACCGCCUGCCUGCUCAGUACUCAACCCAUAUACCAAACCCAAUAAAGAUUGAAUUUUUACUUCACAAUUAAGCUAUGGAAAAUGUGACCAUCAAGAUAGAAGAAGAGGAAGAGGGCUUCGUCUUUCCAUUCAGUGAAGGCGGAAGCACUGGUGCUGCUGCUGGUUCAUCUUCUUCACCGAGGCCAAUGGAGGGCUUGCAUGACAUGGGACCACCACCGUUCUUGACCAAGACAUUUGAUAUGGUGGAAGAUCCUUCAACUGAUUCAGUAAUCUCGUGGAGUAAAGCUAGAAAUAGCUUCGUUGUUUGGGAUUCCCAUAAGUUUUCCACUUCUCUGCUUCCCAAGUACUUCAAGCACAGUAAUUUCUCAAGCUUCGUCCGCCAGCUUAAUACCUAUGGUUUCAGAAAAGUGGAUCCCGAUCGAUGGGAAUUUGCAAAUGAGUGUUUCCUUGGGGGGCAGAAACAUCUCCUGAAGACCAUCAGGAGGAGAAGGAAUGUCAUACCAAGCAUUACCCAACAAGAAGGAGGCGGUCCUUGUGUUGAAUUAGGGCACUAUGACUUGGAAGAAGAAAUUGAAAGACUUAAGAGCGACAGAAACUCGUUGAUGGCCGAAGUCUUUAAACUUAAACAACAACAGCAGACUGCAAGGGACCAUGUCAUGGCGAUGGACGAAAGACUUAAGGGUACGGAGAAAAAACAACAGCAGACAAUGAGUUUCCUAGCCAGAGCUUUUAGUAAUCCGACUUUUCUCCAGCCAUAUGUGGAUAGACAUCGACAGAGACAAGAACAACAGCGAAUUCAGAUUGGGCAUAAGAGGAGGCUGACAAUGACCCCCAGUGUGGAGAACCUGCAAGAAGUGGCAUCAAUCGCUGCGGAUGCUGAUCAACUUCUCAAUGACUCAGGCGGAGAGCAAGAACUGGUGAAUAUGCAAAGAGAGAUGGAGACUUUGCUAUUUACUGCAGCAUUGGAUGACGAACCAAGCAGUAUUGUAAACUUGAAUUCACCGUCAAUUCCUACUAGUGCUGCCAAUGUCGAUCCAGUUGCUGAACACAUCUGGGAGGAAUUGCUUACUGGAGAUCUUGUUACUGAAAAUGAAGCAGAAGUUGUGUUGUUGGGAGAUCAACCAGAGGCUGAUGUGGAGGUUGAGGAUUUGGUUGCUGAAACACCUGAGUGGGGUGAGGGUUUCAGUGACCUUGUCGAUCAAAUGGGAUAUCUUAUCGCCAAGCCUGACGAUACAAGCAAAUGAGGCUAAAUGAUUCUCUGAUGUCCUUGACACACAUUCCUGUCUGAGAUUAAGUAUGCCUCAAAAAUUUCGACUGGCCUUUUUCUGCUGUUCUGCAGCAGCUAAUGCCUAAUGCUUUUUUACCGUAUAGGCGGGAGGUGAUGGUUGCAUGGAGGCCAAUCAACUGAUCCUGCUUUUCUGUAUCCUUUUAGUAUCUCAUGGAAAAUAUUUGUAUUCUAGAGUUUCUUAAAGUCUAGAAAGUUUUCCUCUUUUUGACUAGUCUACAUCUUUUGGUGCGUUUUGCAGAUGCAGAUGCUUAGAGAAUGUCACGAGGGAGUCACCUCCAUCAUUCUUUACCGUGUCUUUUGCUCUUCUUGUCCCGUCUCAUUUUGUAUGUUGUUGACUUGUAGUAUCAAGUUCAGAUUUCUUUUGUGUAUGUAUAAAGGAAAACUAACCUGGCUUCACACAGUAGCUGUAAAAUCUUGGAGGCUGGACUCUGACCGGAGAGGUGGCACAACCUAUUCGAUGUUGCAGAAGGUCGAAGCAGAAUGCAGGGUUAUUGUGAAGCUUCUCGAUCUCCACCUGUGAAAAGGGAAGUCCCAAGUCUGUUACAUUACGCGUUGAGGAUUGCAGCUGCUUGCUUAACCUUGACAGGAGUGCAAAGUUAACAUUUUUGCUCCAUUUAUAUUUAGCCAACAAAAGAAGAUGGAAACGUUUAAUCAGGGUACCAGCAGCAUUAAUCUUGGAUUCAAGAAUUCUUUAGCGGUUUUACUCUUUUUCCUUUUUCGUGAUUUCUCCAGCUGAUUCUUUUUGUAUUUUUGUUGGUGGCAGUCUGAAUUGACUUUGGUGGUUGCUUGGUAUUGCAGUUUUAUAGUGGUGCCCUUCUUUUACUUAAUUGUGAUCAGAAACAGUUGUUCUUUAGAGUUCAUUGGAUGCUAAAACUUGAUGUUUCCAUUUAUGUCAUGAUGAUCCUCUCCAUAGCAGAAUGCGAAAAUCUAGAAAGAUUGUGCAUCAGAUUGAGUCCCUUUCAACAUAAUGAGUGAUUUGACAUGGUAAUUACCCAUAACGAAGGAUAGAGAUUGAAGCACAGUUUUGGCAAUGGCAGGGAUUUCAAAGCUGGUAUCAGAUGCGUGUUCAGAUGAGAGGAUAAAUAGACAAAAAGGAGAGGUUUAUAUUUGACGAAUACCCUCGUCUCAUCCCUCUCAAAAGCAUGUAGACGACAAGGAAUAUGACGGGCCAGAAUUUGCAGAUGCUGUGAAUUGUGAUCCUGAGUAAAAGACAAUUUUGACAUAAAGGAAUCACGCAUGAUACCAAUAUCCAAUCCCAAUCUAAGUGAGCAUAUUCUUGUAGGCUUAGCCAACUAAUGUCCAAACACAACACAACUCUCAGAACUUUUCUAAUCUCACCAAUGGCUAUUGGCUUCAAGGAUCCAAGAAGUAAUUAAAUCUCAAUAUUGAAGACCAACAGAUGUCAAAUUCCCAGGAAAUUAACCGACUAUUUCUUUAUGCAGAAGAAGAGAAACGAAAAUAUGCAGAUCUUCAAAACAAGAGGGUCAACCACAAAA